UUGCGUAAAAGCUCCGCGUGAGUACUUCAUUCUUAUGAACGAAGUCCAAGUGUGUUCGUGAUUAAUUGAAAUGACUGUUGAUUUCCAUAUUGAUUUUUGGGUCUGGUUUAUUUGAGAGAAAUGUCCGUGGAAGUGGAGCGGAAGUUUGUGUGUGACUCACAAGUCCUGGAGAAACUGAAGGAUAUUGGAGCUGUAUGUCUGGGUCAGAAUGAGUUUAAAGAUCAGUACUUCGACUCCGCAGACUUCACAUUAACCCUAAAGGAUUUCUGGCUGAGAAAACGUGAAGGAUCCUGGGAGCUAAAACGGCCGGCGGCAUCACAUUUGAACGCAGAGAAAAGAGCACAGGAUGUGUGCACUAAGUACAGAGAGAUCACAGAGGUGCUUCAGAUCAGGGCUGAACUCAUCGCUGUCAUGGGCAUUUCCACAGAACGCACAUCCGACUCCUUACAGACGGAACAAUCUAAAGAUGUUCAUGCUGAGUUUGAAAAAUGGCUGCAGGAUUUGAAACUGGAGUGCUUUGCGGAGUUCACCACCGUCAGGUGUUCUUAUGCUCUGGGAUACGAAGGGGACGACAGAAAAGUCCGGGUCGAUCUGGACCAGGCCGAUUUUGGCUACUGCGUGGGAGAGAUCGAAGUUCUUGUUUCAGAAGGGGACGAGAUGACGUCUGCGAUGCAGUAUAUAGAGAAGACCGCUCAAAAAUUAGGUCUCAGCAGUCAGAAGAAAACUCAGGGGAAAAUGCACGUGUAUCUUCAGAGAUUUCGCCCAGAUCACUACGCUGAGCUUCUUAAAGCUCAUGUGAUGUGAAAUCAUCGUGACUAUCAUUUUAUUCAUUAGUAAUAUUAAUAAGGAGAAAAUGAAUAUAUGUCUGUAAUAAUGUGUACAUUUGCGAAGUGUGAUCUAGGGAUGGGCGGAUAUGUUAUCGUUUGCGAUAUAUACCGGUAGAAAAUCUCCCCACAGUAAGAAUGAAGUCUUCCCGUGAUGAUAACGUUAAAGCCUAGUUGAUGACGUAUUUCUGGGGCGGCUGUGGAUGAGGUGGUAGAGCGGGUUGUCCAGUAAGCGUAGGGUCGGCGGUUCGAUUCCCGGCCCACGUGAGUCCACAUACCGAAGUGUCCUUGGGAAAGACGCUGAACCCCGAGUUGCUCCCGAUGGCAAGUUAGCACCUUGCCUGGCAGCUCUGCUUCCGUGUGUGUGUGUGAAUGAGACAUUUUGGAUAAAAGCGCUAUAUAAGUGCGCCAUUUACCAUUUCUGUGUGCGACGGUCUGCGACCCGUUCGCGGUUCACGUGCAGGGCGAAACAGGUACGGCGGAAGGCGGACGUGAAGCCGACGAGGAGUUCAUCGCUACCUCUACAAUCUGGAACUGGUUUCUGAGGACCUCAAGACUGCAUCCAGCGGUCACUUGUAGUCAAGAACAGUGGUGAACGGUACUGUAUUUAUAUCGUCACUGAUAGCGGUAUCGCAAUAAAUACCUGAAAAUAUCGUGAUCUAGUCGUACGUCCGUAUCACCCAUCCCUAAUCCGAUCACAAAUAAAUCAAUAUCUGCGGCAAGACGGUAUAUACUGUAGAGUUGAGGGAGUCGGGGGGGGGGGGGGGGGGGCUUUGUUCAGAUCUGGGGAAAGUUUUCCGAAUGUUUGUUUCAACACAUUCACUGAAUGUAUUCAUAAUGAUGCCAAACUUUCCUGUUAUCAUAUUUCUUGAGAUGUAUAUUAUAUAAACACGUCUGAAAACACAAUACAGCUUCCUCCAGAGGUCUGAGUCAAUAUGCGAUGGACGUGUGGACCUGAAAAGCUCGUCAGAAAAUCAAAUAAUGGGUGUUGAAAUAAAUCUUACAGAUUAAUAAAUGAAAUCGUAUUCCUGUGUCUAACGAUGUUCGUGAUCAGCUUGAUUUAUUACGCGGAUAACAUUUCUGCUCUGAUCGGCGUGGUCUUUCCCAGGAUGACCCGCCCCCAUCCAUAUCCAGGGCAUAAUGGUUGGAUGAGCAUGCAAAUUAUGUCAUGGCCUUCACAGUCAACGGAUCUCUGCCCGAUUAUCAAUCUCCGUCGAAUUUCGUGCCAUCGCAACAAAAGACACGUGAAGAUCUUGCAGCGUGAGAACAUUUUCUGCUCACAAGACGUUUCGGUCGCCAUGCACGACUGAGGCAAAGUGUUUAUGAAGCAGCACAGAUAAAUCAAGGUUCACCAUUUGUAAGUCGCUUUGGAUAAAAGCAUCCGCUAAACGAAUAAUUGUAAACGUUCACCGUGUGAUCCCGGCUGGAGCGGACGCCGGGAAUGUGCUACCUGCCCUUCAUUAUGCUGAAUGGAAAACACAAUAGCAACCUACAAUACAAGAUCGUUCUAGAAAAUGGGCCCUUUGUUGUUUCGGCCAAAAUGUUUACCAAGACGUGGUUUAACAGGUUCGGUAUGAAAGAACCUGCUCUAUUUGAGCAUAAUUAAAUAUCUGUGGUCUGAAUUGGAGAAAGCAGUCUAAACGUGCAAACGUAAAAAAUAUAUAGAAUAUAAAAGGGUUCGAAUGGUCUCAAGAUUCCUUUCGGACCGUCCUUUAGCCCCGUUAGACGUUACAGGAAGAGGCUCGGUGCUAAUACGCACCCCGGGUCGUAUUUAUUUCCUGUUAUAAUGUAGCUUUUAGGGUAAUUUCUUUUAAUUUAACGUCUCACUUUCCUGACCUUCCAUUAGUACUGCGAAUCACCGGAUCAUCUCAUCUCAUCUCACGAGGUUAUACAUUUGGAGCGGUGCACUGAUGGAGUUUGUCAUUUCUACAGGAUCAAUGUUAUCACGUAGGAUGAGAGUCUCUGAGCCCGAGUACCAGAGUGAAAGGUCAGUUCUUGGUCCACUCGUGUACUACAUCUCUGGGCUCAGUGAUCAGGUCUCGUGGCUCCUCCUGUUACUUCCAGCGGUCCAGUUUCAGCGAGUCCGUGCCCACGAUCGCCUCAGAUUCCAGUUCUCAGCCGACAGGAGUGGAACCGGAUGCGGUCGUCCGCUGUCGUAGCUCAUCCGCAUCAAGGUCCGAUGUUUUGUGCGUGUCGAAAUGCUUUUCUGCUCACCACGGUUGGAAAGAGCGUCUACGAGAGUUACGGGCGAACCAACUCGCGUCGGUUUGUACGUUCCCGUUAAAGUCGCCUCGGGUAAAAUCUUACUUUUUAUAGAGUCUAGCCAGUGCUAGAAGUGGAAUUUUCUGUGAAAUUUAUGUAUUGAACACACGACGACUAGAAUCUAUUGAUAAAAUGCAAUCAAUAUGGACAACGAACAUUUAGAAUUACUACUUAGAAGCAUAAUCUAAAAAUCAAUAUUAGUUCAUCAUAAUUUAGAUGUGUAAAUCAAUAUUUAGAAGCAUAAUCUAAAACCAUAGAAGACUUUCUAAUCGAGUUACAUUCGAAGUGUGUACCGAGUUCGAGGAAUUGUGUCUUAUUGCCAAGUAGUUUUUUUAAAUUUUUUUUUUGGGUAUCAUCCUGUACCUUUCUACACAGCAAUAAAUUAGCAUUAGACAUUCGCUGAAACUAUUUCCACAACCAAAACGUUUUGAAGCUUGCAAACCAAUGAUAAAAUAAAAGAUAAGGCUUCCAGCAAAAAAAAAAAAAAAAGAACCUCGAGCUAGGACGAAAGCCAGAGAACCAUUAAUGGAGCGGAAGGGAAUUGGGUGAGAGCCAGAAAUUCAUUAAAGUGUAGAGGUGAAUUUAGGACAGAGUAAAAAAACAACAAAAAAAAAUAAACAAAACCCCGGCCUUAUAAAAACCUUUCUAAAAAACAAUUAACUAUGCAUGCGCCACAAAUGUAAGAGAUGAUUAAUUGUUAAAUGAUGAAUAAUUAAUUGUGGCGAAGAAGAUCGGCCUGUUCUUUUAAUGAGAAAAGGUCAAACCAUGAGCUCGCUGUUGCAGAAAGGUAUAAAAAUACAUGUUUGAAUAAUUUCGACCUUCUAGACUGUCAUUUUUAUUGUUUUAAAUAAAGUUUCAUUUCUUUUGAUAUCCAUAA